AAUCAGAUCGCGUAUAUAUUCGUGUGCGCACACUCACACCGCCGCAAAUCUCACUUUGUUUUUAUCCGGCAGGCUUCGCGUUUUUGUCAGACAUGUCGCGUCGUUAUAAUAUCCCGCCUGACGACGCGUGUUUUGCCGACUUCAGAAAUCAGUGUUUGUCGACGGAGCACUGGCACAACAAGUACGCCAAACAGGGCAUGGAAGUGUGGGUCGAAGUCCCCCCAGCGUCGAAUAAAGGAACUGCAGCUAAACUCCAUAGACUCAAAUGUAAAAUGACGAUUACAGAUGUGCCAGCUGCCACCAUGUACGAUGUUCUUCUUGAUGGACAGUACCGUGAGACGUGGGACAACGCCAUGCUGGAGAGUUACGACAUCGCCCGGGUGUCUCCUAACGCUGAUGUGGGAUACUACGCAUGGCGUUGUCCAAGUCCACUCAAGAACAGAGACGUGGUGACACUGCGCUCGUGGAGGGUGGUGGCUGAUGAGUUCCUGAUUAUUAACUUCUCCGUCAAUCACCCGGACUACCCUCCUCAGAACAACUUUGUGAGAGCCGUUUCUGUCCUUACUGGUUAUUUGUUAAAGUCCACAGGACCGAAUAGUUGUACUUUCACCUAUCUGUCAGAGGCUGACCCAAAAGGUUAUAUUCCAAAGUGGGUGGUAAACACGGCAUCUCGAGCUCUGGCUCCCAGGGUCUUGAGAAGUGUGCACAAGGCGGGUCAGGGCUAUCCUCAGUGGAAACGACAGAACGCGCCUGAUUACAAACCGUGGCUGCACCCGGAGCAGAGCACAGUGCAGAUUAUGGACAUGGCUAAACUGACCCAGGUCGACCCCGCUGAGCCAACCUUGCAGAGAUCAUACUCGCUAGAAAACUGUGAAGAUCUCACAAUGGAUGGUCAGGAGAAUGAGGAUAGUAGCUGAAUCCCAUCAGUGUGGUGUCAUGAAUGAACUUGGCCCAAAGCCUGACUGGACAAAGGGCUGUGCACACUGACAAACUGCAUUGAGAUUCAAGACCUCCCAGCUGUGUGACGUGGUUCUAAUCCUCUCUGUUCCUCCCAAAUACUUAGCCAGUUUUCCUCGCGGAUGUGCCUUAUGGGACAAACAAGAGAACGAAGCGUUUACAAGAACCUUACUUGAUAAUGAGCACAGAACAAGUUGUAACCCACCUCGGUCGACACAGAUCUAAGCUAUCUUUCCUGUGUUUGCUGCUUCGUUGCACCUUCUUUGCAGUUGCACAAUUGUUAGUGUUGCAUUUAAAGCACAGCAUUUACAAUCCAACAAGUUGGAGCUUUUAGUUGCAGCUAUCUUAAAGAUAGAAGUUUAAAGUUGAAGAAAUUGUUUUUAAAUGUUUUGGGUUUCAAAUUUUUCACUGGAGACAUAAAAGCAAUCACUUUAUUUAGUUUGUUAAAACAGUCACAAAUGCAACAAAUGCACUAUAUACAACAAAAUAUUAAUUGCAUCUGUGCAAAAAACAAAUGAAGAGGAUAAAACAUAUGUUGCACCAGUCUAUAAUUCAUUUAUCAAACAUGGUGCAACUGCUUCAUGCAACAAGAAACAAAAUUUAAUUGGCACAUUAUGUAUAAUGAAAACACAAUUGGCAAGCAGAUGCUGAUGGCUAAUGUUAUUGUAUGAGACACAAAGAAGUAAACUGCUUCUUAUUGCCACUGAACAAAGGCACCCAUUUAGAGUUAAACGUGUUUACCGCACUAAAUGUAAGUUGAUAUUUUAAAAUUCUUGCACAUUUUUAAAACAUUAUAGUUAGACUUACCUUAGCCUAGUGGCCCUCAUUGUUUUGGCUGUCUCACAAAGCAAGUUGAGUGCGGAGUAGCAUGAAGUUUAUUCCCUCUUUAUUCAAGUUUGAGAACACGAUGUAUUAACUUCACUUUCUCUCAGACCCAGCCACGCCCUCCUCAUUCAGUUCAACUUCUUGCUUUGUGGUAGUUGGCAUCCAUCUUAAUGAUGCAUAACGUCUGCUCAAGAGUGGAGAUUAGACAGUACCUCAUUCAGAUCAGGAUGCAGGAUCAGCUUGUCGCUUAUGUAGAUGGAGCCAUCUUGUGCAGGAUUUUUUUUUUAUUUUUUUUUUUAGUCACCCCCAUUUAUAAGUCACUUCAAAAUAUAAGUUACAGGACUACUCAAAGUUAAAAAAGCAUAACUUACAGGGAUACUUAACAGACUACAGAAAGUGUACAGGGCAAGCUAAAAACAUCACAGUAAAAUAAUUCUUGUUGCUCUUGAAUAGGCUGAAAUAUUAGUGUCGGGAAGCACAACUGAAACAGUCCUGCAAAUGGUGAUAGAAGCAACAAAUUGGGGACAAAUACUUAGACAUUACUCUUUUGGGAAAAAAAAACACGAUUGGCCAUUUGAAUUUUCAGUUGACAGGCAGGUAUUUUUUAAUCAGCUUAUAUUUGUAUUCAGUUAUAUAUAUAUAUUAUUAUUAUUCACCAUGCUUUGUCCCACUAACAUGUCAGUGAUUAAGAGUCUGUUCUUAAUGUGGAAGUGUACGGUGGAUUUUUAUCUUGUGAUAUGACUGCCCAUAUUAUAUUAUUAUUCAGGUAGGGGUCAAUUGAAGAAUUACACAAGGCUCAAAAUUAAAAGAUGCUCUGAUCAUAUUGAAAACUACACAUUAUUUGUGUGACCAUAAAGAUUCUA